UGUUUCCGUCUCUCUCCUGCGGCGUCAAAGCAGCAGCUUCUCCCCCCCCCCGGACUUCACCGGCCGACUUCUCCCCCCCCGCGUCAGGUUGUUCAUCGUCCCGCCUGUGAGCCGGGACACCGAGGAGGUUAAAGAUGGGUCUCACGAUCUCCAACAUGUUCACCAAACUGUUCGGGAAGAAGCAGAUGAGGAUACUGAUGGUGGGUUUGGACGCAGCUGGAAAAACGACGAUCCUGUACAAACUGAAGCUCGGAGAGAUCGUCACCACCAUCCCGACCAUCGGGUUUAACGUGGAGACAGUGGAGUAUAAGAACAUCUGUUUCACAGUGUGGGACGUCGGAGGUCAGGACAAGAUCCGACCUCUCUGGAGACACUACUUCCAAAACACACAGGGUCUGAUCUUCGUGGUGGACAGUAACGACAGAGAGAGAGUCACAGAGUCGGCAGAGGAGCUCUCCAAGAUGCUCCAGGAGGAUGAGCUGAAGGACGCCGUUAUCCUGGUGUUUGCCAACAAACAGGAUCUUCCCAACGCCAUGGCGGUCAGCGAACUCACGGACAAACUGGGUCUGCACGGCCUGCGCAACAGGACUUGGUACGUUCAGGCUACCUGUGCGACUCAGGGGACGGGUCUAUACGAGGGUCUUGAUUGGUUGUCCACUGAGCUGUCCAAACGUUAGAUCACCUCACAGGAAGCAGCUGUGUGAUGUCAUCAACCGAAUUCACCACAAAUGAAGAAGACAAGGAGGGGGAGGAGUUUUAAAGGACUGAUCUUGUUUUUUUUUUUGUUUUUUUUAAAUUAUAAAUGUGUCUUAGAGGAAGUGAUGUCAUGGACUCUGAGCUCACCUUGAUUUCCCAUCAUGCUCUUCUUCUCUUGUUCCUGCAGACUUU